AACGAAGCCCGUCAACUACGUUUCUAUCCUCAUGUCGUCCAGCAUGUAAUACUGUGGCAGACAUCACGCAUCACUCCACUCUCGACUCGCGUACAGGCUUGCUGUGCUUACCUUCAAGUUUUCGCAUGUUGAAUUAAACUGUCAACCACUCGGAUCCUCUCAUUCGCAAGGAACACCUGCAAAGUUGUUACUUACCGGGCUUCCGAUCUUACCGUGAUGUUACGGUCUCUAUUGAUAUUUCCACUCACUAAUUCCGCAUGCAUCAUGUCUUCUCGUUUACAUAAUAUCAAUGACACUUCCCUGCAACGUUUCCCCUGUAACAUGCUAAUAACGAUAACCCCAGCACUUCAAGACGACCUGCCUUGGAGGUGUUGCGCUGUCUUCUUGUCCCAGAUGUUAAACCCGCUUCAAAAUUUCAUAGCAACUAUAAUCAGAUCCAAUAUGUCCUUGAUCCUUCUUGAUCGCGUGUCAUAUUCGACGUCACUCGCCGUAUCAUUCGGUUCUUAUCUUGCCUCGUGCUUGGGAAGAAGAUAAUCUCGUCCAGACAAUCAAGUCUUCUCGGAUCCAUAUCAGUCCAUAUCAUGCACUGACCAGGCUCCUAUCCGACGGCCGAGGCAAGUCUUAUACUACGGACAAGUCGAGCGGCGUAGCCAUCAAAUAUCACGAUGGUCACUGUCAGAAGUCACUGUCAGAGCGACUCGUCACGAGUCUGAAGCCAAGGGUGAUCGAUCUCAGGUGAAUUUCACUGAUCCUGAGCAACCCUCAAAUUGUGUGCCUGCUGUCAGGUCAGUUUCCACGGGUGUAAAGAUUAUCUUGGAUCAAAUUUAUCUAUCUAUCGAUGAAGUUCCGUAAUGGACUAGAAAUUCUGGAAUGUAUCAAGCUUGGCAAUCAAUACCACUCUUAG